AUGGUUAAUGAAACGUCAUGGUUAUUGCCCAAUGUCAAUGUCAAUAACCAAUCGGUAGAACUGGAAAUUGAAGAAAAUCCUGUUCAACAUGUACAUACUAAGAGAUUACUUGAAUCUAGACAUAUUGAAAUGAUAAGUCUUGGAGGUAUAAUUGGUACAGGACUAUUUAUAGGUAUAAGAAGUCAAUUAACUAAUGGACCAAUUAUAAGUCUAAUUUCUUAUGGAUAUGUUAGUAUUAUUUGUUAUACCAUAGUUCAAUCCGUAGGAGAAAUGUCUUGUUAUAUGCCAAUUAAUGGAUCAUUAUGUCAAUUUCAAUUUAAAUUUCUUUCAAAUAGUAUUGGAUUUUCAAUUAAUAUCAUAUAUUGGUUAAGUUGGUCAAUAACAUUAGCAUUAGAAUUAUCAUUAAUUUAUGAAAUGCUCUUAUUUUGGCAAAUCCCAUUCAUAAAUAAUAAUCAAACUUUAGUAAUAUUUAGUAUAUGGAUAAUUUUAACAAUAUUUAAUUUAUUCCCUGUAAAUUAUUAUGGAGAAAUUGAAUUUAUAAUUUCAAUUAUUAAAGUAUUUUUCAUAAUAUUUUGGAUAGGAUUAGCUAUUUAUUUAAUAAUUAUUAAAGAUAUUGGAUUUAAAAAUUGGGAUAGUAAAUUUAUUUGGGGGAUUGAUACAAUUCAUAUAAUUAAAGAUCCUUUCCAAUCUAAACUUGUAAAUAUAUUAGGAUCAUUAGUUGCCAGUUGUUUUACUUUUCAAUCAAUAGAAUCAGUAGCUAUUUGUUCAGGAGAAAUUCAUCAUGCUCAUAAAUCACUUCCAAGAGCAAUAAAAUAUGUAUUAAUAAGAAUAAUUAUAUUUUAUAUGAUUACAUUAUUCCUUUUAACAUUAUUAAUAAAAUGUAAUGAUCCAAAUUUAUCAAAUGAUCAAAAUGAUAUAUUUUCUUCACCAUUUUUAAUUGGAUUAAUUAAUGCUGGAAUAAAUUCAUCUUCAUUUAUAUUAAAUGCAUUUAAUUCAAUAAUUAUAAUUUCAAUGAUAUCAGCUGCAAAUUCUAAUAUAUAUUUUGGAUCUCGAUGUUUAAUAUCAAUUAUUGAAACUAAUUUUAAUAUUAAUAUAUUUCCAAAAUUUCUUAGUAUUACAAAUACAAGGGGAGUUCCAUAUCCAGCAAUUUUAUUAACUUCAAGUAUUGGAUUAAUUUCAUUAGCAUCUAAAUUUAAGACUAUAGAAAUAUUAUUUAAUUUAUUAAUUAAUUUAUGUGCUACUUCGGGAUUAAUUAUGUGGUUAUGUAUUCUGAUAAGUUAUUUAAGAUUUUGUUCUGCUCUUAAAUUUAAUAAUGUUUUAUAUGAAAAUCUUCGAUUUCAUUCAAAAUAUCCUAAAUUAUUAAAGUUAUUAAAUUGGUUAAGUAUUGGUAGUAUUAUUAUAAUUAUAUUAAGUAAUGGAUUAGUUAAUAUUUGGAAUUUUAAUUGGGAUAAUUUCAUUAGUUGUUAUUUAACUCUGAUCAUGUUAGUUAGUAUGUCACUUUUCUUAUCAUGGUAUUGGAAUGAACCAUUACUUCGAUCAAUUGAUACUAUAGAUAUCUUUACUGAUCAAUCACCUUUUGCAUUUACUAAAUAG